UUACAGGUGAGGUCCAGGUAUGGAGGCUACGACUCCGUUGACGAGGAGGGGCGACGUACCUGCAACUGGGUCCGCUUCCUGAAAGUGGCGCCGGUGUACAGCCACGAAGUGAACUUGGUUGGGCGCCGCGCCGGUCCCCGCGGCGACGUGGUAUUCGAAGUCGUCAGAGAAAUUCUUCCCGGCGGUGAGCUGCUGGCGUUCCUGCUGCCCGACAUGAGUGGGGAAAACGCCCUCUUGUUGCCGGCCCUCACUCUCAUCAGGUCUUCGCUGUACCGUAGAACAAUCGAUUCCAUAAUGGCAGAAGCUCCAUUAGACCUCUCCAGAUCACUGUUGACUUCUCCACCUCCGCGCCCCUCCAAUGGCAGCAUCAUGUCCAGAGACUCUGAUGCCGUCUCCCCGUCAUCUUCUCCUUCUCCGUCAUCAUCCCCUGCAUCCUCAACAUCGUCACCUCCGGCGUUCUCGCCAACCUCUUCGUCCGUAUUCCACGUGGGUCGCCAACAGUUACAGUUUGGGCUUCCUCCACGCCUACCCAUGGGUCUCGCGCCACAGUCACCUUCUGCUAUGUCUACAAACAGUUCCUCCAGCAUCUCUGUGCAGACAAGUUCAGUCUCUCCCUCCAUGGCCCCGGCCAAGCGGCGGGAGAGGACGAUGCUGCCGUGCUCGGAGUGCGGCAAGGCUUUUGAUCGGCCGUCGCUGCUCAAGCGACACAUGCGGACCCACACAGGGGAGAAGCCGCACGCGUGCGACGUGUGCGGCAAAGGCUUCUCCACCAGCUCGUCCCUUAACACCCACCGGCGCAUCCACAGCGGCGAGAAGCCCCACCAGUGCGGCGUGUGCGGCAAGCGGUUCACCGCCUCCUCCAACCUCUACUACCACAAGAUGACGCACGUCAAGGAGAAGCCUCACAAGUGCUCGCUGUGCACGCGCUCCUUCCCCACCCCAGGCGACCUGCGCUCCCACAUGUUCGUCCACAACGGCCAGUGGCCCCACAAGUGCUCCAUCUGCGGCAAGGGCUUCAGCAAGCUCACCAACCUGCGAAACCACGCCCUCCUGCACUCCGCCAAGACGCGCGUGGCACCUACGGCAGCGCCGGUGUCCCCCUCCUCCGCCUCGCUGUAAGACGCUGGCAGAACCUCACCUUCACACCUCACCACUCACGCCCUCGCCUGCCACAUCCUACAGUCCAGGAGCGACGGCGCCCAAUCAUCUCCAUUGCUCUCACCAAACAUGACACAAUGCCAAAUAGAGUCUAGAGGCUUUACUCUCCCUCUGUCGCACGUGUGCUGUGGUCAGCCUCCUUAUCUCUUUGUCUCACCCCUUUGCGAGAUAUACCUCUUCUGUCUGUGAUCUCCUGCAUUAGUGUGCAAUAUUUAUUUUUGUUCAUAAUGUAAAUAAUCGUCUACUAGUCUUAAGUGUAAAUAAACAUUCCAGUGACAAGUUA